GUGCAGAGAGGAGGGCAGGAAAAAGGGCUGCACAUCACUCACCUAAGGGAAAGAAGAAGAAGACUUUCAGAGACCAAUGCAUGAAGCAGUUCUUGAUUCCAUUAUGAGAUUAGCUUUUGAUAUUGUGAGGCCAAAAGAUCCACAUUUUGGUACAAUCCAUCCUAGACUGCAAGAAGCAAGGUUCUGGCCGCAUUUUGAAGAUUGCAUAGGUGCAAUAGAUGGUACUCAUAUACCGGUAACUGUGUCAUUAAGUGAGCAACCCAAAUACAUUGGUCGCCAUAAGUAUGCCUCACAAAAUGUGAUGGCGGUAUGUGACUUUGAUAUGCGGUUCAUAUUUGUUGUCACCGGUUGGCCUGGUUCUGUUCAUGACACUCGUGUACUAUUGGAUACGCUUGUCACAUACAAGGACCAGUUUCCGCAUCCUCCUCAUGGAAAGUAUUAUCUUGUUGACUCUGGAUACCCUAAUAGAAAAGGAUUUCUUGCACCCUACAAGGGACAAAGGUAUCAUGUUUCCGAAUGGCGUCAUGGUCACCAACCAGUGGGAUUGAAAGAGGUGUUUAAUCAUGCACAUUCAUCCCUUAGAAAUGUGAUUGAGCGGUCAUUUGGAGUUCUAAAGAUGAAGUGGCGCAUUCUCAAGAACUUGCCCAGUUAUCCAGUUAACAAGCAGUCCAAGAUUAUAGUUGCUUGUAUGGCCCUUCACAAUUUCAUUAGGGAAUGCGACUUAGAAGAUCCACAUUUUGAAGAAGACGUUGAAGAUGAUAGUCCUCAUCCAACUUAUGAUGACGAUGGUGGUACUGGAGAUGAUGUCGAUAUGAAUGCAUUUCGUGAUGCGAUCGCUACCGCUAUGGUUUCGUGA